UUCACCUUGAUCUGUGAACAGAUGGCGCAGGCCUGGCAGGGGGGUGACUGUGUUUUCUUGGACAGCCCCUAGCAGGAGGCCUGCAAUGAACUAGAAUCAGGCGCAGCUCCCAGGAGCCUAUAAACAGGAGGGGACCUAGCUGGGGUCUGACAGAUUGCAGGUGUCCAGCACUCAGCACUGAUGUCUCAUCGAACCAUGGACUGGCUGAUGCUCCUGGGCUGCGUCUCGCUGUGGCCGGGGCUGGCGCUGGCUGAAGUGGGGUCAUUCUCUGGCUGCAACAAGUAUUUCUACCGAGAUGCUGAGCCACGUGGCUUUGCCACGGCCGACACGGCCGAGAUCUGCCAGAGGUACAGCAAUCUGUACCACUUUGCGACCCUCUAUGACAGGUCCAACCGGAUCCCGCGCUGGUCGGCGUACACCCUGGGUGAGCCUAACUGCCCAGGGCAGGCCCAGAAGAGGAGCCAGUGGUUCGUGGAGCCCCAGCUGGCUCAUCCAGAUGAGUCCCCAGAAAUGGCAAUGGAGUCUGAGUCAGCACUGAGCCUGGUGGAGUGGAGAUCCAGCCAGGCCAUCAGUAAGGACUAUGAAGAUAUGUCAUACGACCGGGGCCACCUGAACCCAAACGCUUUCCAGUGUAAUGUCGGACGCACAGCCACCUUCACCCUCACCAACGCCAUCCCCAUGAACCCCUACUUCAACCUUGUCCACUGGUCCAAGCUGGAGAAAACCCUCAAGGCACAGCUAACUGGGAGCUGCAGAAAUGUGGGAGGCAAACCCUACCUGGUGACAGGGGCUGUUCCCGGCGACAGUGAGAAAAUCCCCAUAGAGGGGGAGGACAAAGAAGGGGACCGUAACCGGCCAUACAACCAGGUGUCGGUGCCCAGCCACAUCUGGACAGCUGUUUGCUGCGACCAUGGGGACAACAACCGCAAAUUCUCCUUCGCCUUCAUAGGAGAGAACAAGGAGGCAUCCCGUCUUCAAAUCAUCCCUGUGGAGCAGCUAAACACAGAGCUAUCACGUCUGUACAAGACUCCUGGGCCAGUCGAGGUCUUUGCAGAUGACUGUGGCUCCAAGAGCCAGAAAGGACAAGAGGUUUUAUCAGCAAUGAAGAAAGCCUUGUACAAUACCUUCCAGAUCUUGCUAACAGACCCUUAUUCCCAGCUAGUGAAGAGGAGUAAACUGGACAGGGAGACCAGCCAGAUGAUGACAAGCCAGACCCUGGAUCAGAAGAAGAUGCAGCUGAUGGGCCUUGGGUUCCGGGUGGGUAUUUCCAGGCUGGCAGAUGGGCACAGCCAGUUUGAGAAGACGUACGAACAGGACAACCUGGCCCCUGCUGUAGCUAGACUGGCAAGAGCUGCUGAGGCUUUGGACAGAGUCUGCCCCUUCAAGGAGCUGAACUUUGUAGUAACAGCCACAGGGUGGAGCUGUGUUAAGGAGACCCGCUGUGAGUGUCAAGGAUACGCCUACAGCUGGUGUUACACAUCUGACAGGAAUGACUGGGAUUACUGCUGUACAGAGGAGUGCACAGUGAAUCCAGUGUCUAAAGUAUAUGAGUGCUCACGAGGAGAUGGCUCCAUCACAAAAUGCUCACCCCACGGUUACUCUAUGCAGACCAUCUCCAGGAAGGCCUGUCGGUCUGACCAUCCAUGUGGCCUUUAUGGGAAAAGAUACUUCUGGUGCUACACAGAUGAUGAAAAAAACUGGGACUAUUGCUGCUCCCCACAGCACCGAUGUGGGAAACAUGGCUAUGAUUACCUGUGGUGUUACAUCCGGGACCCGGAGAAGUCCUGGCAGUACUGCACCCUGUGACAUGCCCACUGGGGAGGGAAGGGGCAAGUGGAUGCUUGUCUGACGCCUUCACACCAAAGCCGAGAAGAAAUGAAUCAGCUGCCUUCAUCUAUUAGUGCUACAGGCCCCACCCCUCGGCUGCAGCAACUCCGCCCAUUUCCUCCAUCUGUCUCUUUAGAUUUUAAAAUGCCAUUAAAAAAAAAAUCUCCCUCCCACCCAGAAUUUUAGACAGCAAUUUCCACAGGAGAGUCUCUUCCACCACCUGCCCUGGGUUCAAAGGUCUCCAUGUAACAGGACUGGGCUCCAUCUUUAAAACCAGCUACAGACUUUGGAUGCCUGACUUCAGACACUAUAAAGAAGGUGGGUUUGCACAAAAUGCUGAGUACCUGGCCUCUCCGACACAAGCCACCAUAGGGGGACAUUUUUAAAGGUGCCUCAGGAGUUUAGGAGCACAAGUCUCAUUAGAAGUCACUGGAAGUGGUGCUCCUAAAUCUCCCAGAUGGUUUGAAAUGUAUCCCCUUUAAAGCUUCUCAUGUUGUGCACCCAAAACACAGGCAUCUCAGCUUUGUCAUUAGAAUUGGUUGGGGGGAAAAGACGGUAAAGUCAAUGAUGGCAUCAUUCAGAUGGUUUUUUAAAGUCCUUUUGUGCAGGAAUUUUCCACAGAUUUUUUUUUAAAAUCAAAAUUGGCUCAAAUUUUAAGCAGUGAGAGGAUUAGCCAUUGGAGCAACGUAGUGGGAAUGUGAUGGAUUUUCUGUCACUUCAGGUCUUUAAAUCAGGCUAGGAUAUCGUUGUAAAAGAUCUGUUCUCAUUCAACAACCCGGUAUUGGUCUCAGUGCAGGAAUCACUAGGUGAAGUUCUCUGGCUUGUGUGGGACUGGAGCUCAGACACGAUGGUUAGAAAGGUCCCUUCUGGCUCAUUGCUGUACAUUAAUUUAUCAAUCAGAUUCGCUUUUACCAAGAUACUCUUGAGUAACUGGGGCCUGCAGAUCACGUGCUGGGACGUGGCGUGGGUGGAAGUUCAGAAAACAUUGCAAUAACCUGUAACAGUGAUAAUUGAUAGGAGGGUUAUGAGAAGGGCUCAGAAAGACAGGACUUGUCCAAAGAAAAAUGCAGUCCCAGCACUGUAUUAGGCUCAUGACUGAUAAAGCAAGAGAGGACAGACUCAGAGGUCAAUUGACCAAACAUGGUAUGUCAGAAAUCAGGAUAAUUAUUGAAUGAACUAAUGAGGGGAUUCUCCAUUCCGCCUCCCCCACACAUCCUUUUUAGAGCUUCAAAGGGAGACUUUGGGGACCAGGAAGUGUGGAAUGGACUCCUGGGGGGAAGGCCAGCAGGCCCCUGGUUUACUCCAGAGACUCUCUCCUUCACGGGUGAGCCUGGAUCACCAGGACAUCCAGGCCAGCACCCUGGCGAGGACACCUGGCCAUCACUGCUGGACCAGCAAACACCCUGCCUGAGACAGGUGAGCUCUUGCUCUGUCUGCCCUCCCCUCACGUCCCUCUUUCCCUUCUCCACUCUCUUCCUCCUCUGCUAUCUCUCUCUCCGCUGUUCCCCUGACCCUGCAGCCAGCUGCAUGACAGGGCACCAGCACGACAGGAGCCUCUGCCCUGUCUGAGACGGGCCAGUGAAGGGGAGGGACCAGGCCAUACCAGUCAGAUGAGGUGCCUGAGCCAGGGGCAAGAACAACGAGUAACAUGGCCAAUCUGCCAGCCCAGCGCCAAAGCCUACGUCUGUGACUGACCAGGCACCUAGUGCUGAGAGCAUCGACCAAAGCUGCAUUUCCCCCACUCAGACUGUGCUGUCUCUUCUCCCGCAUUGUGUCUGUCUGUCUGUCUUGCCAAGAGCAGGACAGGGAACCGUCAUUCACAAGAAUCAGCUCAGAGUCCCACCACAGAACUAGUCCUUUUGUCCCCAAUACAAAGGGUUGCUCACCAGGACGAGAUACUGUAACCCAGAUCCUCACGCUGAAAGAAGGGCUUGCUUAGGCUUCUCGUCCUUAAUGCUCCA